AACACUGGCGCGGCCGGAGGGGAUGCGGGCAGCCGCCACAGAGAAGUGCGUGGGGCUGCCCUUCGCCCUCCCGCCAGGGACGCGCUCCGGGGCUCUAGAGCGCCGCGCCAUUUCUUCCCUUUUGGGCCUGGCGCUAGAGCCCGGGAGCCCGCCUUGUCGUUGGGGUCCCCAAGACGCGCUCCAGACUGCGGCGGUCCUGUCCGUGGGCUUACGGGUCCGGCACUUUGGUUGGCCGCGGGACACGCCCCUGUGCUGGACUGAUCAACAGCGGCCCACAGCAGCACGUGGGCACUCUCCCGGAAGCCACGCCGGCCCCGACAGCGUGGCUCGCGGCACCCCAGGCCCUGUCUAGCGCAGCCCUGGGCAGCUUCAGCCCAGCAACUGUAUGCCUCGUGCGCAGCUCCUCAUCUGGUCUGCUGGCCUGGCCGCACGAAGAUGCAAGACCGGCAGAAGUGGUGGGGAGAGUCCGUGAGUGACUUCACAGGGGAACGGGCGGAGGUUUCCCGCUGCUACACAGCUGAAGGACAGAGUGGUGACAAUUUGGAACGGAUAAGGAUCUACAGUGAGGGUCCUCUGUCUGUGCCAGGUGGGAAAGCCAGCAGCUCCCCAACGGGAGAGGGCCUUCCGACUUGCACCACUAGUUGUUCUGCUGGGGAGCUCAGCAGCACGUGGGGGGAGUUUGAAGGCUUUAGAGAAUCUUCAGCCAAGUCUGGACUCCCUCAGUCCCUUGAACUCCUGGAGAGACCCACCGAUCCUCAGCCACUAGAAACUCCUGCCUUAAAGGAAGGUGGUUCUCACCUGCCACACCAGGGUGGAUCUGGGGCAACAGGAAUCACUUCCCACCCAUCUUCAGAGCCUGUUCUCAGGUAUGAGAACAUAUUUAGGUUUGCUUUUCAAGAAGUCACAGUUGAGCAGGCAACUGAAGAUGUUUCCACCUUAGACCAUUUCUUGGAAAUAAGCAGUGAAGAAGACCCUGGCCUUGCAUCUGCACAUAGACUGUGUUCUGAAUCUAGAAAAGUCUGGCGAGCCCUUCAAAACACCAGCACCAUGUCUGCUUCACGAUGCCUCUGGAGCCAGUCUCACUGCCAGGAGAAGCUCUUCCUGGUUCUUGGCAUAGAAGCUGCUCAGAAGAGUCCUUCCAGAGACCAGGGUCACAUUUCAGAAGGUCCUGACCUCAAAGGUCCUGAAGAGCUGCUGGCACUCAGCACCUUCGACCUGCCCCACUGCAAAGCCCUGAUCCAGACGAAGCUCUCAGGGACACCUGGCAGCAGACAGGGGAGCCUGAUUACCUACAGCCUCUUUCUGAAGACACCCCUGCAUGGAAACGGGCGGCACAUCACAAGUCCACAGGAAAAGAAGGUUUUCCCUCCACGUCACCUAAAGCUGGCGCUUUUUAACAGGGAUGUGUGCUAGAAACAGGAGUCUGUCAUGUAGGCAUUUCACAUCGUCUCACUGGCUGGGUUUGGUUCUGUUUUGUAGAGCCGUUUCCCAAACCCACAUCAGUUUCCUAGGAUCUUUCAAAACCCCUGCCUCAGAUCUGAUCAGGAAGGGGUGUCUUGGGCAGAGCCAGUCCCCAAGCAGGGGGGAGGGGUUUCUGGAUGCACUGCAGCCUGCCCAGCAGAUGCCACCUGCUCCUGGUGGAGGAUGUCAGGGAUGAUCCCAGACCUGGCCCAAAGUGGGGAAUGUACUGAAAUACCACCAAGGAGACAGCUGCACUUUGAGAAGCAGCAUUGGCACCUGGUCCCAGGAGGUCCUGGGCUUCUGUGUUGUUCCUGGAAGUGCCAUGAGCACUCCCCACAGCAUUCACACUGGUGGCCUUGGGGACAGGCCUUUCUGAUGGCUGGGAGGCCACACUGGGCCAGCCCUGGAGGCCCAGGUGGGUAGGCAAGUGUGUUUCACUGGUCAUCUCCUGCAUCAACGGUUUCCUUCCAGGAAAGGCCAAGUGGGCAGCACUGACUUUGUAGAAGGCCUCAGUAAGCCGUGCUCUUGCUGACUCGUUGACUCUGCAAGGACUGAUGACAACAUUCUGUCCCGAAAGGGAGACCUGAGGCUGGAGGGGCUACAGAGGCCACGCUGGGGACUGGCACUCCAGGUAGAGCCCCUGCUGUCUCUGUACCAAGGCCACUCUAGGACCAAUUUGCUCAGGAGGUGCCAGCUUCCCUUCACCUGAGCCACUGAUGCAGGUGCAGGUGACAGCUGCUGUGCCCGCCAGGAGGAAGGAAGCUGGCUGUCCCUGGUCACCCCAGGUGGCUGUGCAUCAAUACCAUGUGGCCCACAACCAAGGGGUGGCUCAGAUCAUUUCCCUGGCACCAGAUGUCAGGAAAGCUGCUCUGACCUCUCGCCCUUAACCAGAGGACGUGUGGACCAGCACACAGAAAGGAAAAGGCAGUUUCUGCGCAGCAGAGGGAGGCGGGCGGCAGGGAGAGUGCAGACCUUGCAGGGGCACUGUCACCAAUUACAGGUGGACAAAGGGACUGGAGGGACACUUCUCAGAACACACACACAAAUGGCCCAAAGGAUCAGUCCUGCUCAGAGAAGUGCGGGUGGGACACCGAGGCCUGCUGGUGAGGGCGGAAGAAAGGGCCCUGCCCGCUCGGCUGGAGCACAGUGCAGUGCAGCCUUCAUGGAGAGCGGCAUGGAGGUGCCCCCAAGACACGGCCUGUGUGAUCCCAGCCCUGCUACUGGGCACUUACCGGGGAUGGCCAGUUCCGGCUGUGGAAGGCAUCUGCAGGCCCACUUCCUUGUGGCCUGCUCCCCAAUAGAGGGGAGGAAUGGGCCGCAUGGCCCCCACAAACAAGUGGUAAAGGCAGGUGGUACACAUGCAUGAGGGAGUACUGUCAUCCACCAGCCAGGUGGAGCCUGCCACCUGGGGUAGCCCUGGGCACGCCAUUGGGUGACACACCCCAGGCACAGGUGGACCAGAGAAGCCACCCUCACAGGAGCCAAGGGCAUGCAGCUACAGGGGCAAGGGUGCCAUCUCCCACCGGAUGAGCCCUCGGGAGACCCACUGCACAAGCAGUUACAUUCUUGGGUUGUGUUUCCACUACAAAGCAGGAUGACUCUUGAGGUGACACACUACUAACGGGCCUGAGCCACCCAUCAUGCAGAAAACAGCACAUACCUUGUAGAUUCGAAUUUUCCCACUUAAAGAUUAACUGGAAGAACCAGUAAAGAACAGGGACACACAGCAUGGGGAUAUGCCGAGUCCUGGGCUAUCUGCCUACAGCGGCAGCACACUGGCCCACGAGGGGGCUGUGAGGCAAGGAGGGCCACACCCUGCUUGUGUGACCAGUGUUUCCAAUAAACCAUCACCCAGGGGGUGCGAUUCGGGUAUGCUGUGAACUCCACUGCAUGGAACCUGUUCGCUUUAUAAAUAAUUAAUUUAUAUAUAUAAAAGUCGUAGAUGGACAUGAUACCUUUAUUUUAUUUAUUUUUAUGUGGUGCUAAGGAUCGAACCCAGUGUCUCAUGCUUGCUAGGCAAGCGCUGUACCACUGAGCUACAACCCCAACCCUGAAACCUGUUCUUAAAAAUUGAAAAGGUAGCCUGACAUCAUCACAUUGACUUGGGAGGCUGAGGCAGAGGAUGGCCCGGGCUAGUCUCAGCAACUUAGCAAGGUCCUGACUCAAAAUUUUAAAAAAGGGCAGGUGGUAUAGCUCAGUGAUACAGCACCCUUGGGUUCAUCUCCCAGUACCAAAAACAAAAAACAAAAAAAACACUGCCCCAAAUGUCCUUUUUAACUGUUUUGUUUUUGUUUUUUGUGGUACAGGGGAGUGAAUUUAGGGCACAGAUGUCUGAACAUGAGCUAAGUAUUAGAGAAUAUUCAGGAAUUAUUUCCUGAUUAUGGAAUCGUCAAUGUAUAAACAUGCUCUAUUUUCUAAGGCUAACCGGAUUUUUAAGGUGAAAAUGGCCUCCUAUAGCUCGGAUUAGCUUAAAAAUUGUUUCAGGGGGCUGGGAAAGUAGCUCAAAGGCACAGCACUCGCCUCACAUGUGUGAGGCCUUGGGCAGCACUGCCAAAAUAAAUAUAUACACAUUUCAGAAAAACAAAAAAGACAGCAUUUACAACUGGCCAACCUGGGCAACAGGCUCAAGGGCCUGAUACAGCCCCUCUGCUGCUACGUGAAGUAUGUGAAGUGUGAACAAGGGGCUUUCGGUGGGCACAGCAUGCCUCAGUUACUCUGAAGUACAGCCUGUCUUCUGGGUCCUUGCAGGGGAGUACAGGGAACUGUAGGCUGUGGCUAAGGGGGCCCCUGCCAGGUGUUGGCAGGAGCUGUGACCCUGUGGCCCUCGGGAAGAGUACAGAAAAGCCAGGUGCUUCCCUAGGAAGCUCCACCACAGGAAUGUGGGGGCGGGGUAAGCAAGGGUCCUCAGACACUCAGACACCCUGGGUGCUGGGUGCCAGUGGACCCCAGCCAGUCCCCAGCCCUCACCUGACCCUUCCUCCAGCUGCACAUGCCCCUCCCACACCACCCUGGACAGCUGCCCACAGCAACAGCAGGCUGGCCCAGAGGGAAAGCUCCUUCCCCGCUCAUUCCUCACCAGGGGCUGGGCUUUGGGCAGUGCACCAUACCCCAGCCUUGUUCACCCUGGCUGGAGAGGAGGUGACGGGCACCACACGGGCUGAGUGUGUUAGGGUACCAGGUCAUGCACCUGGUACCUCCAUGGGCCCAUGCUCCCGCUGUGUGUCCUACUUGGUGCCUUGACCCAGUGGGGCCAGGCCAACAGCCUGAGCUGGAAGGAGAGGUGAGGGCUUGGCAGAGCCUCCCAAGAAUCAAGCCUGCUCCAGUUCAGGGUACCCAGUGCCCAGGGCCAUCUGCUCCCCUGGAGCCUGGGUCCUGCCUGUCCCCCAGCCUAACAGGCAGGGUGGCAGCUUUCUUGAGCGCCAGGUGCCGAGAGCACAUGAAGCCACUUAUGGAGGCAGGUAGAGGGCAGGAGGCAGCAGGACACCCAUGUUUCAGUCCCAUCCAAGUUUCUGCCCUGAGUCCAGCUGCAGUGGCAUCUUCAGCUCACUCUGGGCUUCACCUGUGGGUCCCCCACAGCCCUGCUGACUGCAGAGCAGCAAGUCAGCAGGUCCAACCAGAUUCUGACUACAGGAACACGGCGUCUAGCCCCAAGGCUGCUGCAAGCUGUCAUUUACACAUCUCGGGGAUUUUUACAAAAAAGACGAGGUGCAGCCCACAGAGGCAGCAACCCCCCUAUGCAGCCGUGCUGGGGGCUGCUCUGAGCACCUCAUUCUUAGGGCUUUCUCUGAGCGUUCCAGCGCCCCCCACCCCCCAUCAGGUUCUCCAGUCUCUUGCUCAGGCAUUGACAUCAUCAGCAAGAGGUGGGCCUGGCUGGUCAGCAGGCUCUGGGAACGCUGGGAAGCAAACCACUAGCCAAUGGCCUGGCAUCCCAGCUGGGCAGCACAAGCUCACUCGGGAGGCAUGGAGGGCAGAUGGAGUAGUGGGGCUUAUUGCCUACUGGGCAGCACAGGAUGAAGUGUAUGGGCCAGAAAUGGUCACCUGCAGGGGAGCAGGGCCCUCAGCAGCACCGGGGCUCCGUGGGAAUGGCCAGGCUGAACCUCAUUCCAUCUGCAGGCAAGUGCUCCCCACGGCUGACCCUGCGGGGCUUUGAAGUGCCUUGAGGGGCCACACUCAAGCUCACAGACACCACUCGCCUCAGCCCUGCCCUUCUUGCCUCUACUGAGAACCUGGGCAGACGUGUGGCACAGUACACUGUGGAAAAUCUACUUAUAGGCUCUCGUGUUCUCCUCAUCCCUAGUGCACACCACGGAGUACACCCCAGCCCUCGGCCUGCGGAGUAGCUGGAUUGCAGCCAUGCACUGGUGCUCAUACUUAAAAUCAGUGCUUUACUUUUCAACCUUUAAAAACCUAAUGCGCUUCCAAGGCAAAGGGGCUCCAAGGCUGAGGGUGUAAAACCCUGCAGGAGGGCUGCUUCCCAAGGCUUCUGCAGCACGCUCUCUGGUCUUGGGACCCCACCUCGAUACUUGUGUAUUAGAGCAUGCACUCUAGCCGUACGAGAACCUGUCAACUAAGUUGAAAACCAAAUACCCUGACCCCUCAGGGUAGAGGGGUCAGGGUUUGACUGGAGGCAGAUCCACAAAACACUACAGAGUUUGGAUAACUGGAAUUUAUAUUUUUUAUUAUAUAGAUAUUUUGUAAACAAAAUUAUCAAAUGUUUGGAAAACUGCUUCCAGUCAAUUACUUAUAUCUACAUCUUCAAAAAACACAUACACAUGAUGAAACAGCCAGAAAUUUCUGUAAAAACAAUGGAUGAGCCACGGGGACUACUGCAGAAGCAGGUACCUUCCCAGGCCUAGGUCUAUAAGCCCGGGGAAUGGGGACUGGCUGAGGGGCUCUCCACCACCAACAACCACACUGCCCAGUCCCAUAGGUUCUUCACCACCUGGCAGACAAGGGGAGGCAGCUGCCUGGUGUAGGAGCUGGGGCACCAGGCCUCCGUGCGCGAGGACAGCCGGUUCCCUCACUCCGUCUUACCUUUUGCCAGCCUGCCAUGCCAGCAAUACCUUGUCACCUCUGAAACUGAACACAUGAGAUUUGCAAUAGAAAUGCUGCAAAAAAAAGCAAACACUGCUUCAGCUAUCAGCAGGCACCCUUUUGCUUCCAGGAGUAGCAGCACUCUCACCACCAGGAGGCGGCCCUCCGUGGAUCCAAAGACGGCCAGCCCUGCUACGGUGACGCUGCCUGAUCCCUGGACCGCAAACUGGCAGAAGCCCCGCCAAGCUUAGGAAAAGAAAAACCAUCCAUUGACUAUUUAAUGCAUUCAAGUGAAGUUCUUUCCCUACCUCCACAGACAGACAGACAUUACAGCUGAAACCAACGAGGAAAACAAAACAAGGAUGACAUGGUGAAGUUCACACCAUUCCCAUUUUGUGCGCUGGAUAUUUUUAAUAAAGUGAGGUUUACAUCCA